AUCAAUGGAUUCUGCAUUGCAGGUCUGUUCUACACACGAAGUACAUCAGCACUCCGUGGGAUUCUGUCCGUAAUUCACGAUGGCAGGAUUGAAAAUGAAGGCGGUCAGGUGUCCUACUGAUGAGUUGAGCUACACCAACUGUGCUGUUAUCAAUCCUGGUGAUUUUCCGGAUAAUGUCAAGCACAUUGAAGUGACAACUGGGCCAAAUCAGCAUUUCGUAUUCACAGUAAAGAGUCACCAUGAGGUGCCCCAUGGAGCAGUGGGUUUCAGUCUGCCCCAGCGAAAGUGGGCAGCACUUUCCCUCAACCAAGAGAUUGACGUUCGUCCGUAUCAUUUCGAUCCUACUUCAGCCUCCGAAUUCCUCUGCACAAUUGUCCUGGAAGCGGACUUUCUUCUAAAGACAAAAACCACCCUCGAGCCCUACGACACGGAAUUAAUGGCAAAAGAAUUUCUCCUGCAAUUCUCAGGACAGGCAUUCACUGUUGGCCAACAACUGGCAUUUCAAUUUCUCGAUAAAAAAGUGCUGGGUCUUGUGGUGAAGAAUCUCGAGGCUGCGGAUAUAUCAGCGAUUAAAUCAGGCCAAGAGCCAAAACCAAAGAAAACGAGAAUGGGAAGAUGUCUGGGGGACACAGUUAUUCAAUUCGAGAAGGCUGACAACUCAAGUCUAAAUCUAAUUGGAAAGGCCAAAGGAAAAAUGGUUCGUCAAUCAAUAAUAAAUCCAGACUGGGAUUUUGCUAAAAUGGGAAUCGGUGGUCUGGAUAAAGAAUUCAGUGCCAUCUUCAGACGAGCGUUUGCCUCGAGAGUAUUUCCUCCAGAGCUGGUGAUGCAAUUGGGUUGCAAACACGUCAAGGGCAUUCUCCUUUAUGGUCCACCUGGAACUGGUAAGACCCUGAUGGCACGUCAGAUUGGAACAAUGUUAAAUGCACGAGAGCCAAAGAUUGUUAAUGGGCCCCAGAUUCUCGACAAGUACGUGGGGGAGAGUGAAGCAAAUGUGAGGAGACUGUUUGCUGAUGCCGAAGAGGAGGAGAAGAGACUCGGUCCCAACAGUGGACUCCACAUAAUAAUCUUCGACGAGAUCGAUGCCAUCUGCAAGUCUCGAGGAAGUGUUGCUGGAAAUACUGGAGUCCACGACACAGUUGUGAACCAGUUGUUAGCGAAGAUCGAUGGUGUUGAGCAGUUGAAUAAUAUUCUAGUGAUUGGGAUGACGAACCGAAGGGACAUGAUCGACGAGGCCCUCCUACGUCCUGGUAGAUUGGAGGUGCAGAUGGAGAUCAGUCUUCCUGAUGAGCAUGGAAGAUUCCAAAUUCUUAAUAUUCAUACAGGACGUAUGCGAGAUCACAAGAAAAUUUCUUCAGACGUUGAUCUCAAGGAGCUCGCGUUACUCACAAAGAAUUUCAGUGGAGCUGAGCUCGAGGGGCUGGUGAGGGCAGCUCAGAGCACAGCCAUGAAUAAACUCAUCAAAGCCUCGAGCAAGGUCGAGGUGGAUCCCUCAGCCAUGGAGAAGCUCAUGGUAUCGAGGACAGAUUUCCUCCUGGCACUUGAGAAUGAUGUUAAGCCUGCAUUUGGAACAGCCGCUGAUGCCCUCGAUCAUCUCCUCACCCGAGGCAUUCUCAACUGGGGCAGACCUGUUGCUGAGAUUCUAGCUGAUGGUAAUCUUUACAUCCAAGAGGCCAGGGCAACGGAGGGCUUUGGUCUUGUCUCUGUUCUCCUCGAGGGACCACCCAACAGUGGCAAGACUGCACUAGCUGCACAGAUCGCCAAGAACUCUGACUUUCCCUUCACCAAGGUCUGCACUCCAGAUGAUAUGGUUGGAUUUACUGAAAAUGCCAAGUGUCUUUCAAUACGCAAAGUAUUCGACGACGCUUAUCGCUCACAACUCAGUUGCAUACUUGUCGAUAACAUUGAACGUCUCCUGGAUUAUGGGCCCAUCGGACCGAGGUACUCAAAUCUCACCCUUCAGGCACUCCUCGUGUUGCUCAAGAAACAACCACCGAAGGGAAAGAAGCUCCUUGUGUUGUGUACAACGAGUCGCAGGCAAGUUUUAGAAGACAUGGAGUUACUCUCAGCAUUCAGCACAAUUCUCCAUGUCCCCAACUUAUCAACCCCAGAUCAUCUGCUCUCAGUCCUGGAAGAAGUUGAAAUAUUUACGAAGGAGGAAAUAGCCUCCCUCCAUGGUCGAUUGCAAGGCAAGAGGGUCUUCAUUGGAAUAAAGAAAUUACUAGGUCUGAUUGACAUGGCACGACAGGUCGAGCCGAGUUAUCGAGUUCCCAAAUUCUUAUCAAAACUCGAAGAGGAAGGUGGACUGGAAUGAAUGGUUGAAAAACGGAUGAGGAAGUGUAAAAUUUUGUGUAAUUAUUUAUUCAAAAAAAUAUCCUAUAGUCAAUUUACCAAAAUUUCCACCAGCAAACGCAAAUGUAUCACGUAGUUGAGAGGAAAAUUAAUCGCACCAUGAACGAAUUGAGUUGAGUCAAUUGACGUCAAUCCGACUGAAGGGGAAUAAAAUACACAAGUGAUUUUAUCAGGUUUAUCUAGGUAAAUUGCACGCUGUGGAGGUAUCGUAGAUCAAUCGGCGCACGCCCAAAUUAAUCCCCAUGCACUUAAACGAUUGGGAAAAUAAUAAUUGUAAUGAUGAAGCUAGAAUUCAUUCCGUGACGUCGGUUAGGGCGUCAAAUAUUUUAUUACCAUAUAACGUUAUUAUUGAGUAGUAUCCCAUUAUUCACAAACUGAAAAUUCAUUCAAAACGAAAUCGUUGGGCAUAAUUAACUAAAACUGGUUUAGUGAUGAUUUAAUGGCGAAAUCAUUUGAGUGCAAUAAAUUAUCAAUUGUUGGCCGGAUGAAAGGAAAUAUACAGCUGUCGUAAAUAUUUUACGAAUGGAUUUUUGCACAUAUUAUACUCUUGGAACAGAGUAUUUAAUCCGUAUCGAAGUAGUAAAUUGAUGUGCGUUGGCUCUUCGGAGAUAUUUCCUCUCAAUGAAGAGUAAUUCUCUUUUACCACUUCGAUACAGGAAAAUUUGUUGAAUAUCGAAUCGAAGGAGAAAGCGGGAGUAUAAUGGAGCCCUAAUAGAAUUAAUAAAAGAUAGUACGCAGUAGUUGAAUUGAAUAGUCUCAUGUACUCGUGGACUUGAACGUAAUAGAUGCAUUUAGAAUAGUAUUUUAUUCGAUUAACGUUCAGUCUUGAUCUUCAACCGUCAUUCCAGCCACUAGGCCUAUAUAAUUUCGUUACUUAUUUGUGAUUGAGAGGCAUGAAUUGAUAGUUGGUCCAUUAAUUACGAACUUGUAUUUAUUGAUGCUGGGAAUCUAAUCAGAUAAAUUGAGCAUUCUAUUUAUUCAGAGAAACGUUUCUAUAAUAGAUUAAUCAAUCACACCGACUCUCUUGUUCUUGUUCUCGUUUUGCACUGAGAAUAAAAAUUCAUUGAAUUUCUACAAAUACUUCAUCAAUGAAGUACAAAGGAAUAUAAUUGUUAUAAUUGACACCGAAUGGGAGUUGUCUGGAGUUUAAAAACCAAAUAUUGUCGGAAGUCAAGUAUUUGGAUUUUUUUUUCUAAGGAUGCGAAUUAUUUCGAGGAUUUGACGUGAAAAAUUUUUCAAAGUGCUUGUUCAUAAACACAUUGCGGGGAUAAUGUUGAUGGUGUUAUUAUCGUGACUGCAGUGUACUUGUUCGAGUUGUAUUUAGUGCUAUUGUCUCUGUGUAUAAACAACAAAUAUAUUUCUGUCUGUUUGAA